AUCAACUGUACAAUUUUCGGUCUGGAUUAUGUGACUGUGGGUGUGCCGAGCAGCAUUGAAUGUGCUGCCAACUGCCCCAGAUGUACCUAUUCUAUGUCUUUGGAUGGACAGAGCGCCCAGGGUCAGGGCAAUGUGUUAGCCUUCACUGUUAACAGCUGGGUGGAGGCCUUAACAGUGACAUGUACAGCCACAGAUGACGAAGCAAAGCAGACUGCCACAACUACAAAGAAACUGCAAGUGUUAGCUGGACCUGCCAACGUUUCCAUCACAGGCCCUGAGUUGAUGAAUCCGGCAGUGAGCCAUACCUACAGCUGUCACGCCUACUGUCGGCCAUCUUGUACCUAUGCCUGGAAGAUAGAUAAAGGUCCAUGGAUUAGUGGUCAAGGGAAUGUUAUUUCGGUCACUCCUCGAGAGAUGGACAACUCUAAAAUCCUCAUCUGCAAAGCCACCAAUAGUGUGUCCGGGCUGUUUGUCGCCGCUACUCGAAACAUAGCCGUGAUAUCUGGUCCAUCAGAGAUUCAGAUCAAAGGCCCUGAUCUAAUAGAAAUGUCAAAAAAGUACAAGUUUGUGUGUACUGCUGAAUGUCUGCCCUCUUGUCGCUACGUGUCGUCUGUGGACAGUCAGACUGUGAGGGGCAAUGUGAUUGAGAUGACAGUGGAUCAUCCACUUAAAUCUGUCACCCUCAAGUGUGAGGCACAAAACACUGCUUCGAGGAAGACAGCAACAGCCUCAAAAACUGUACAAAUAACAGGGUCAGAUCGAAGCCUGUCCACUCGUCCUGGAAAGACUUCAGCUGUGCUGCUGCUGGCCUUCAUCGUUUCUGCUGCAUUCACACUGUGAUCCCACUGCAAACAGGUCUUUCUACAACCUGUGAAUGACCCUGUGAUGAAGAAAGGUGGUUGAAUUAUGGAGAACUAAUGACUCAUGUACCUGUGAUCUCACACUGCAUAUUAUUCCUUUCCAUCAGUCUGCAUGUUGACAGUGGGCUGAACCCUGUUUGCACUUUCUAGCGAGAGCAAUUGAAGCAGCAGGGAGUGUGCACAUGUAAUGUCAGAAUUUGUUGACUUGUUAGGAUAUUUGUACGAUUCUUCUGCAUUGGUACAUCUGAAAUAUUAAAAAAUGUAUGCCUGUAGAUAAAUAAAAUGCACUGAUGACUUUUA